AUGUCCAACCCCGGCAACGUCAUCGGCGGCCACAAGGCCAACCUCAACAACCCCAACACCUCGGACGAGGCCAAGCAGCACAGCAAGCAGAUCAUCGACGAGCACAUGGAGAGCGGCGAUGUGCCCCAGGCCGACCAGAACAAGAAUCCUGGCAAUGUUGCAGGCGGCUUGAAGGCGACUAUCAACAACCCGAACGUCUCCGAUGAGGCUAAGCAGAGCGCAAAGGAUAGACUUAACGAAUAUUAA